CGCGCUCCCGAGCGCCCCGAUAUCUGCUCGCCCUGUGCUGCUGUGUGUAUGUAUUCUGUAUUCAGUGCGUGCGUGUGUGUGAGUGCGAAAAAGCCAGACUACGAGCAAGCAGCAGCAGCAGCAGCAGGCAGCAACGAACGCGCCGCGCAGCAGUCGCAGUUUUACUGCGAGUGGAGCAGCUCCCCCGGAUCCGUGUGUUUGUGGCGUGCGCGCGCGGGACGACCAUCCACGAACUCGACUCGACUCGACUCUCGAGUGUCUAUUGUAUAUUAUACCGUGCGCCGAGUGUGCUCAGCUCUCAACGAUAUCGCAAACUCUUGAACGCGACUCGUUGUUGUCGUCGUAUGCAGACGAGGCCGCGUCCGCAACAUCAGUUGUCUGUCCGACGCCUUGUGGGCUUGCUCCAACUUGCACGAACUUUCGUAUCGUUGUAUAGCUGGUGCUUUUUUAUGUGCUGCCAGUGAUAUACCCUUGGCAAGACUACUACACGUCUAUUGUAAUUCGACGUACACAAGGUAUACAUCGGACUGUGUAUUUGUAUUGUGCGCUGCUGCACAUCGAGUGUGUAAUUUGUCAAUUUGUGAGAGACCGUCGUCGGUGUGCAUCCGUGUGUCUGUCUCUUCGGUGCAGGCAGGCAACAGCGGAUGAGCUAUUUUGCAUAUAGUAGCGCGCAUACGUACAGCGGAGUCAACGUGCACACGCGAGUAUAGUAGCCUCGGCUCUCUCAGCUUGUGUAUAUACACACACUCACGCAGACACUAGAGUCCGAGACUUGACGUAUACAUAAGCCGUCGUACUAUAUACACACGCGCACACGAGGAGGAGUACAAUUUGCACGCAGCAGCAGCAGCAGCAUUCAGUCAUCGCGGCCUCUGCUCUGCUCCGCUGAUGCUCGAGAGAUCAGCAUCAGUGCGUGUUUUAGACGGGCUCUCCGAACGCAGCAACGGCUAUUAUGUAUAGAGGCUGCUGCUAAGCUCUCAGCUUAUAUAUCUGUGCAUAUCUACCUGCUAUGUGGUCGCCGCCACUCGUAGUCGCGAGCAUCUCUCAUCGUCGUCGCAGUCGUGCUUCACUACUGCUCCGAACUGUUGCUCAUCGUCGUCGUCAUAUAUAGAACUACAGUCGACUGAUCGGCUCAUCCGGAAUUUCAUCUAACUCGUGCUUCGAUUGCGCCUCCACAUACAUAGACUUGGACGUCGUCGUCGUCGUUGUUGUUGUUGUUGUUGUUGUUUUUGUUGACAUGCUGAUGAUGCUGUUUUGAUCUUGGAAUCGUUAGUCGCGUCUAGCGCGAUCCGUGUGUUGUUGUCGUCGUUAUCUCGGAAAGGAGAAUUAAAGAGACUCACUCGGCAGCAAAACAGUUUACUGUUUGUGCUCUGCUCGCACACAACUAUAUAAGCUAUUCUGCUGUGAAUGACAUAUAUACAUCCGUGUCGAAGUUAAAGGGGGAAAAGAAAGCGUUGCCUGGCCAAAGCGUGCGUGCAUGCGUGCUGCUGCUCGGAGCGUCUGUCUCUCUUCUUCGUACCAUAAUACCUGUGAGUCGUGUGCGCGUCGUGCUAGCUGCGUGUGCUGCAGCGGGGCUCCCUGUUGUAUCCGUCUGUCUGUCUGCCUGCCUCUCUCGGAUCCGUGCGUGUGUGCGUUUGUGUCACAUGUACGUGUAGUAAGCGAGACGCUGCGGCUGCUGCUGCUGCUGCUGCUGCACACUUAUAAAUACACGAGGUAGAGAAGCCGAGAAGAAGAAGAAGUAAAAAAAGUCAGUCAGUGAGGCCUGUGCGGCGUGCAGGCACGGAUCAGUAGCAGAAAAGCCGAGUCUCGAGCGUGCCAAUUCGAGUGCGGAGAAGCGAGUCUAGCUGCAACAGGAGCCGUGCAAUUACGUUACGUCCGUAUAGCAAAGCUAGCAUAGCAAAUCUAUACGUGUAUAGGGAGAUGCGCAACAAGAGGACACGAGUUUUGGCCGAAUCGUCGCCGACGUCGUCGUUUUGACAGUUAUUCAGCCUCGCUGUCCAAAUAAACAACGUGUUACAACGUCUCUAUAACAUUUGACAAACAGUUUCGGAUCUAUUGCACCAGUUGCUCGUGUGGCCCUCGUGUUCGUGCGCGAGAAUCAUAAAAACAGACAGAAAAGCUAAUAAGCCAAUUGACAACGGAGUCGAUCGCGACUCUCGACAGAGACGGACAGGAUGAAUCCCAGCAGUAGCGACGAGCCACAGCAACAUUCCGCGAGUAGCAGCGGCAGCCUGAGUCCAAGUGGUGCUGCCGCGACAGAUACGGACGAGAGUGCGUUGCCAUUGCUGCAGGAACUCUCGGACUUGCCCUGCACCUCGGUGCAGCAGAAGCUCAACCGAUACUUUCAAGACGCAACUGGUGCCAAGCUGUCGUUCCUGUCGCCGGUGCGCAAGGAGACCGAGGAGAUGGUCAUACAUGUCCUGGGCGAGACGAUACUCCAACAGGAGCUACGAUUUCCCAUUACGAGCCAAGGGCUGCAACGAGCCGUGCAGAACGGCGAGUCGAGCAAGCAGAUGGUGCUCGAGCUGAACGCCGAUUUGGUCGAGAAAUUGCGCGAGAUGGUUUCACCGUUGCCGGAGGUCUACCUGUGCGUGCCGGUGCAGCAUCCGAUCAAGCAGCAGGUCGCCCUGGUGGUGUGCCUCGUGGGCGUGAUCGACGACGCCGAGACCAGCGCCGUACUGGUCUGCACCAAGAUCGUCCAAGAGUGCUUCAGAUACUGCCUGAGUCUGUUGCUCAGCACACUCAAGUGUCAAGAGGAGACCAAAUUGCGCCUGCAGUGCCAAGAUCUACUCGUCGUUUCCAAGAGGCUCUUCACAAGACUGGGUGACCUGACGGACCUCUUGAAGGAGAUCAUGACCGAGGCGAGAAAAUUGACGAAAGCCGAGCGCUGCUCGCUCUUCCUCUUGGAAUCCGAGCAGCAGGAACUCGUUGCCAAGGUUUUCGACGGACUUCCGAGCGAGGAACAGCGCGUGUAUCGCUAUAUGUUGCAGUGCACUCAAGAGAUGCGUAUCGCCAUUGGCCAGGGCAUUGCCGGUCAUGUGGCGAUGACGGGCAAAUUGCUCAACAUCAGAAACGCCUACGAGCAUCCGCUCUUCUAUCGCGGCAUCGACGAAGUCACCGGCUUCAAGACCCGCAACAUACUCUGCUUCCCGAUACGCGACGAGAAGGGUAUCAUCGGUGUAGCUCAGCUCUGCAACAAGAUAAACGGCAACUAUUUCGACGUGAACGACGAGGAGGUGGCCAUGGCUUUCAGUAUUUACUGUGGCAUCUCGAUCAUGCACAGUAUCGUUUACAAAAAGAUCCAGGACGCCCAGGCCAGGAGCAAGCUCAGCAACGAGCUCAUGAUGUACCACAUGCAGGUCGACUUGCAGGUUGAAGAGGAGGACGUGCAGGCGCUGCUCAACUGCGGCGACGAUCACAACAUCAAGGACUUCGACUCGUUCAAUUUCUGCCCGCGCACCGUGCCCUACCGACACAUGCCCUGCUACGUGCUCAAGAUGUUCGAGGACCUGAACUUCAUCAAGCGCUGGCGCAUCAAGAAGAACGUCCUGGCCAGAUUUACCCUCUACGUGAAGAAGGGCUACAGGGACGCGCCCUAUCACAACUGGAUGCACGCCUUCUCGGUGGCGCACUUCGCCUAUCUGCUCAUCAAGAAUCUGCGACUGGUCGAGGAGGAGCACAUGACCGAGCUCCAGGCCUUCGUCUUUCUGGUCUCCUGCCUGUGCCACGACAUCGAUCACCGAGGGACCAACAAUUCCUUCCAGACCAAGUGCGGAACGGUUUUGGCCAGCCUCUACAGCUCCGAGGGAUCGGUGAUGGAGAGACAUCACUUGGCCCAAUCGAUGUGCAUCCUAAACACCGAGGGCUGCAACAUCUUCGAGACCCUCAAGGGUACGCUCUACAGCGAGGCCCUCGACCUGCUGCGAAACAACAUUCUCGCCACGGACUUGGCCUCGCACUUCAGGAGCGUCGACGAUCAGCGCGAAAUCACGAGAUGCUACGACAAAAAGAACCCGAGCCAUCGAAAGCUUUUGCACGCGAUGCUCAUGACCUGCUGCGAUCUCAACGAUCAGACGAAGAACUGGAAAGUUUCCAAACAGACAGCGGAACAAAUAUACGACGAAUUCUUCUCGCAAGGCGACUUGGAAAAGAGCAUGGGAACAGCGCCUAUCGAGAUGAUGGACAGAGAAAAGGCGUCCAUACCGGAUCUGCAGGUUCAAUUCAUCACGAAUCUUGUUUUGCCGCUGUUUACAAAUCUAGCGAUGGUGUUCCCCAGCGUGAAAUCGAUCGUCCAAAUAAUUGAGAGAAAUCGCGAAGUCUGGAGAAUAGCGACGGCCAUUUUCCAAAAGUACAGCGAAAAAGGAAUGACCGGAAUGGACAUACUGCUGAAUGCCCGUCUGGAGGAGGAAGUGCUCGUGCAUUUUAACAAUUUCGACGAGGUAUCGGUGAGCCACUCGAGCGAGAGUUCGACCAAGAUGGAUUUCGACUUAGAGAGUCCGAGCUUCGGCGUUUGAAGUCGGAUCGAUGAGAAGAAUUGUCGCGCAACAGGGUCUCUUUGUAAAUUGAUUUUCAUUCACGCCCCGCCCCUUGUCGAGGAUUCGUGUAACCUUUAGGACUGAAACGAAGACUUGUGAGCAUAUCGAAUUGGUAAAGAGUAUUGCAAGUUCGAUGUACUGUAAAUCAUUUUUAGGAUACAAAUUUUCCGAGAAUGCGGGCAUUCUCAAAAAUUAAGAAAAAAAAUCACGAUGGAUAUUUAAGAACGAUGAAUAGAUAAAUUUCGUAUUGAAAAGCGAAAGAUAUUGAAAAAAAACUGUUUAACCGUUAAGGGAUUAGUUGGGAUUAACGUGGCGAUGGAUAUUACACAAGUCAGUAUUCCAAAGCCAAAUUAAGUAAAUUUUAAUGUUCCUUUUAAAACUGUAAAGAAAACUUAGCCGUUAAAAAGACGAUUUGUAUGAAUCUUUGCAAUGCCACGUAAUGUACAAUAAUCGACGUUUUUAAAGUAUCUGGUUCUUAUAGACGAUUAUUUAGUACCUGAGAUACAAAUUAUAGAGAAUUGAGGCUAUAGACUGGAAUUUACGAAAUAAGCUGUGCCUCUGUCAAAGCCAUAUUCAUGUUUUUAUUUUGAAAUUAUUCAUUGACUAUCACGUUUUCAUUGUUUGUGCCUAGGAACAUUCCAGUACCACCAGAAAUGCAUCUGUUUUUUUUUAAAACACAUUCUAUUCUUAUUAUUGGAAGCUGUUUUAUUAUUGCACGAGUUGCAAUUAAAGUUAUUUUAUUAUGUGGUUCUGCAAUUCAAAAAAGUAAUUUUUAAUAUUAUGUUGUAUUUUCAAUAUUCUUUUAUGUAACCACGUAUUGUAUAUAGAUGAGAAUGAGUAGAAAGUAGGUACUAGAGGAAGAAAAUGACCAAGAAGAUAUACAAUAGUUAUAAAUUGCAACCUAUUUUAGAUUUUUUAGCCUGAUUGUCCAGGCAAGUAGUUGUUAGUCUGUGUCACUGAUGCAGUCAAUGUUGUGCAUCAUUUACUGUUAUGAGUAGUUGGACUUUAGGAGUGUCAAAGUAGUUGUUAUAGAAUUUAUUAUUAUAGAGCUUUAGAUACAUAAAUUGGCCAAUAAGAUUUAUUCAGGUUGAAAGUAUAGAUGUCUGAAAUUUUAUAAGUGAAAAAGUUCGAGUAUGUAUGUGAUGUAUUUGUAGCAUGUUAAAAUUGUCAAUGAAUUUUAUUUUUAAAUGAUAUAUAUAUAAAAGAGUCAAACUACAAUAAUCGAUCAAGCAGUACAUCUAGUCAGAAAAAGUUAAGUCUAUUAGAAAAGAGUUUACAGCAGUAAUGUUUUGGCAAUAAAACCCGUUUUCAAAAUAAGUAAUCAAAUGAUAUCAUCCAUUGCAGUAAUUUAUAUGUAGCAGACAAAUUUUACGUGUUGAAAAUUGUAAAUAGGAAAUUUUCUCCAGAACCAUUAAACUACGUUUCAUGUAAUGAAA